UCGCCAAUCGCCACAAACCCUGACCCUCGCACCAUUUUCAAAUUGGCGCCACGCAUGCGCCCAGCCAACUACGCCGCCUGCAUAUCGGCCAGUGUUGUAACCAGCAGUGCAUCCGUCAUCGUCAGCAAACGGUGUGGCGUCAUCUAAAUUCCAAAUUCGCGAUAUCUCGAUGGCCCGAUAAUUCCUACAAACCCGACAAGAAGAAACAAUCGCGUGCGUUUUUGGCCAUGGAGAACUCAAACUCGGAAGGUGUCGUCCUACCGGACAUUUCCGAAGCCGAACAGCUUGCGAGCGAGCACGAUGGCGGCGAGAAUGGCGAAUCCGUCGUCGAGACGAAACACCCGCGCGUCUCGACGGUCUCCGUCCGCCAUGCCGGCGUCCCGGUGUCGCUCCCGGUGGGCUCGCUCAUCACCAGCACCUUCAACGUCAUCACCCAGGACCAGCUGCCCCACUUCAAGCCCAUGCUCUGCGUCGACAACAACGGCUAUAUCGCUACGGACGGCGCCGGCGGCGAGCUCAAGACCAUCGUUAUCCAGGGCGACGUCUCGGAGGCGAGCGCCGUCUCCACGCCGGUCACGGUCUCCGGGCCUAACUUGGGCUCUUGGAACGAGGCGGCGAGCCUGCCGGUGCUGCCGGUGCGCUGCAAGAACACCUCGGCGGAGCUCCACAAGAACAGGUUCGGCUCGGGGGGGCGAGGGCGCUGCAUCAAGCUGGGUUCCUCGUGGUAUACGCCGAGCGAGUUCGAAGCGCUGUGCGGGAGGGCGUCGAGCAAGGACUGGAAGAGGAGCAUACGCUUCGGGGGUAGGAGUCUGCAGACCUUGAUCGACGAAGGUAUAAUCCUACCUCAUGCCACUAGUUGCACUUGCGCCGCUUGCUGUGAUGACGAAUCAGCCACAGGUCCAGUAAGACUAUUCACGCCUUACAAACGCAAAAGACGAAAGGAACAUGAUUCCUCGGGUAAGCGCACAUGCGGAGAAGACAGUGAUGGAAAUCAUCAAACAAAAGAAGAGGCUUGGCAGAACUUGGCGGAAGGUUUGGAUUCAACCGACUACCAACUGAUGGAGCCGGUUGUAAACACGGACCCAGCAACGGCUUUAAAACGAUUAGAAGACCUCGCGUGUCAGAUAACGCGACUAGCGAGUGAUUUUCGGAAAGGUGUAGACGAACUGCGAGAAGCUGUUAACAGACAAUCAGAAAAAUUCCAAAGAGAAAAAGAUGCAGCUGUGCUUGCUGCUAGAGUGGAGGCGCAAGUGGCGGCGCUGCAGCCUGACGGCAGUUCGGAUUCUACGUUGCAACCAGCUCUAGACGAUAAUCAGAAAAAGUGCGCCAAUUGCAAUCGAGAAGCCUUGGCGGAGUGCUCGCUGUGUAGAAGAACGCCGUAUUGUUCAACGUUUUGUCAGCGGAAGGAUUGGGUUUCGCAUCAAGUUGAAUGUGUGAGAGGUGUAACCACAGACGCCAACUCUCAGCAGUCGAUUAUGCUGAUAGUCGAAAGUACAGAACAGCAGUAAAUCAUUGAUGCGCGUAGUCAUUUAAGAAACUUUUGGUUGAUGCAAAUGGGUCAAGUUUUUGCGAGUGAACAUAUUUUUACAUAUCAAUCAAAAGUAGCGGAAAUGACGCCCGUUGUUGAAUAAUUAUUCUUUUAUAAAUUAACUACCCACACAUAUCUAAUGUCUACUUUUCGUGGAUUUUUUCUUGUGGGUGUUUAGAUUAGGUUGGUUAUAAAAUAAUAUGUACAUAUUGUAUAUAUUUCCUUUUUUAAAUAUUGUUUAUUGCUUACUUGAUUAAGUAAAAAAUGAAUAUACGGAU